AUGACCACCGCACCACCAUCGUACUCACUCGACGAUGCUCCCCCUUCCUACGAGGAGGUCGUCCGGAAAUUCGAAAGUCUCAUUCCCAGCAACCCCACCGCGACCCAGGUCUACGACGCGGCACUGAGAGGCCUAACCCAGGCCGAUCUGGAUGUCCUCGUUGCCAACCACGAGGCCAACUUCCCUCUCAAGACGGAUCAGGAGAAGGCCGACUUCUCACGCGGGGCCGCUGAGACCUCCUCGGCCGCCGACCUGCAGUCUGCGCUGGAGAUUUCCGCCAAAGCAGCGGCGGCCACGGCGGGAGACGUCCGGCUCAGGUUCGAUGGACUGCAGUCCAAGCUUGAAAGUCUUGACCUGCGCUGGAAUACCGAGUGGGCCAAGAGGUUUGUUGCCACGCAGCAGUCCUUCCAGUCUGUCAUCGAUGACAGUCAGGCGAAUGCCACCAAGACAUACAAUUUCACAAGGAAGCUUGACAAUCAGGAUAUUCUGUACUGCAAUGAUAGCACCAAGACUCUUGCCGACCGCAAGACCAGAAUCCAAGGCACCAUCGAUGCCGCAGCGACUCUGAAAACCGAAAACGGUAGGAUCACUACACAGCUGGGCACUGUUUCCACGGAUCUGCAGAGCUUCAUCUCGGAUUUUAUCGCUUGGGCGAGGGGCAAAGAAGGGGAGCUGAGCGCCGAACUGGCAAGAAUUAAGAGAGAGCUCAUCGAACUGGAAGGGAAAAUCGCGGAGUUGGAAACCGCGGCUGAAGCCAUCAAACAUGUCGGUCAGGGUCUUUUGCCCAUCAUGGAAGGACUGGCGGCCUGUUUCCCCCCCUACGGGACUCUCAUCGCAAUUGGCGGGUUGAUCAUCGCCGGGGUGCAACUGGCUAGUACCACAGCCCUGAUGAUUGAAAUCGCCAAGGCCAAGCAGCAAGUCAAAGACAAGACUCGGGAAAGAGAUCAGCUCGAGGCUGAUCUGGAGCAGAUCCGGGAGGCUCGCGAGCAGGUCGAAGCGAUGAGUUCCGCCGACCUCAGCUCGUUUGGAUCCACCAUCUCCUCCAUGACGAGUACUCCCAGCGCGGCCGAGACGGUGGCCCAGCAAAUCAAGAAAUGGCUGGAAGAUGGAGCCCCCGAGAAUGGUCGACCGGCCUAUAUGGGCUUCAGAGUCAACCACAAUGCCACUAGUUGUGAGAUUGUCCCCUCCUUCAUAUUUGUCGAUAAUAUCCAACCUACCCCCGAUGCCCCCGAUGCCCCCAAUGCCCAGAGGAUGAUCUCAUAG